CCUCUAUCGAUCAAACCCCCCAUAACACCAAAUCACCUCCCAGUCUCGAUCCCAACAGACCAUCAAAAUGUACCGCCAAGUCGCUCUUCGGCAAGCCCGCCUCUUCAGCACCUCCGUUCGUGCUCGCAACUCCGCCAUCGACCAGGCGAAGGAUGCCCUUAAGUCUGUCGACAAGACCGUCUCCAAGGGCGCCGUAGCCGGCAUUGAGGCUGCCGAGCAAAUAGCCGAGAAGGCCAGGGAGGCCGCUGGCAUGCACAACAGCGAGGUGCAGGCCAAGGCCUCGGAGGCGGCUGGUCAAGCACAGGGUAAGGCUUCGGAAUUGAUGGGUGAAGGACAGGGUAAGGCCUCGGAGAUGAUGGGUCAAGGACAGGGCAAG